AUGCACUACUGUGCUGCUAGUGCGGUUAGCUUGCGCUUACCGAUCACAUACAUCACUAUACAUACGGCUUCUGGAAUUCCUUACUUUAUAGUGGUCAAUCUAAAGCGAUAUGCCUCCGAAAAAGCCAGCUCAAGCUACAGGCAAUAAGAAAACCCAAGAGAAGAAGAAAGAGAAGAUCAUUGAGGAUAAAACCUUUGGACUGAAAAACAAAAAGGGAGCUAAACAACAGAAGUUCAUCAAAACUGUCACGCAGCAAGUCAAGUAUGGCCAGCAGAAUGCACGGCAGAUUGCUUCUGCCGAAGGUGAUAAGAACAAAAAGAAGGAUGACAAGAAGAAGGAGCUGUCUGAGUUGAAUGAGCUCUUCAAGCCAGUGGUGGCCGCUCAGAAAGUCAGCAAAGGUGUGGAUCCCAAGUCAGUGCUGUGUGCUUUCUUCAAGCAAGGCCAGUGCACCAAAGGCGAUAAGUGUAAGUUCUCUCAUGACCUCAGCUUGGAGAGAAAGUGUGAGAAGAGAAGUUUGUAUGUGGAUGGCAGAGAUGAAGACCUGGAGAAAGACACCAUGGAUAAUUGGGAUGAAAAGAAACUUGAGGAAGUUGUGAACAAGAAACAUGGAGAGGCUGAAAAGAAGAAAGCAAAAACACAAAUUGUGUGCAAGUAUUUCCUUGAUGCCAUUGAAAACAACAAAUACGGCUGGUUUUGGGUUUGUCCUGGGGGAGGUGACAACUGUAUGUACCGCCAUGCUCUUCCUGUGGGCUUCGUUCUGAAGAAGGACAAGAAGAAGGAAGAAAAGAAUGAGGAGGAGAUCUCACUGGAGGAUUUAAUAGAGACUGAGCGAUCUGCCCUUGGAGCGAACGUCACUCGAAUUACUCUGGAAACGUUCUUGGCCUGGAAGAAAAGUAAAAGGCAAGAGAAACUGGCUAAAGCAGAGGAGGACAUGGAGAGAAAGAAAGCUGACUUCAAAGCUGGCAGGGCAUUUGGGGUCAGUGGAAGAGAAGUGUUUGAGUUCCGGCCCGAGCUUGUUGACGAUGAUGAUGAGGAGGCUGAUGAUACCAAAUAUGCUACAGACGAUGAUGAUGAUGACGACGAACUUUCUAAUCAGGUAGAGGAUGCAGAUGACAUAAAAGAUAUUGACAUUGCUAGAUUUAUCCCUAAAGAAGUGGACAACGCAGGUAUAACGGUGGCAGCAGCGGACAGGUUUACUGCCAGAGCUCCUCACACAAAUGACAUGGAUGACAAUAAAUUGAGCGAGGCCUCAGGCGGAGCCAUGGAGAAUGGAGAACACAGCGAGGACCAAACACUGGAGGAGGACGAGGCUAACGAGGAGGGGGAGGAGUCAGAGGCGGUGCCAGUGGACGAGAACCUCUUCACUGGGGAGGACCUAGAUGAACUGGAGGAGGAGCUUAACACACUGGACCUGGACAAAUAAAGACUGGGACUAUUGCAUCAUUCAUGAACUACACAUGGCUUGAAGUGAAUGACAAUAUUUUCACAAAUAACUACUACCAAAAUUGCCAUGUCAGAAACAACCGCUCUGCCUGCAAUAUGCACCCUCAUCACUCGAGAUGUCUUGGGAAGCUACAGGAGAGAAUGGAGUAGAUGUGGCUCUUGUUCUAUUUCAGAUUUGAUUUGUUUUUUCUCUUUUCCAAUUUUUUUAAUUGCUGUCUACCCCAAUAAAGCACAGUCAGGUGAGGGUCUUCAUUUGGAUCUGUCUGGGUCCAUGUGGUUCUACAGCAGGAACAAAGUCAAAAUAUUUCUUAGGCUAUUGAUUUGUUACUUCUCCUGAAUUAAUUUUUGAUUUAAAUGAUCAUCUUAAGGUCAUGCAACUAAAAUAACAGGGCACAAGUUAGAGUUUCCCUCUUCAAGCACUAUUGGAAUUGGGUUUCCCCCAUCUCUAUGGUGAUCUGAAAUGUUUCUUUAAUGAAUAAAAAGAAUUUGUUCUAUGGAAUCUAAAAUGUAACCAACUGCAUGCCUGUAUCAGGAUCAGAAAGUAAAUGGUCAAUAAGUUUGAUGCUGACAUUAAAGUGUCCCAUAAUCAGUUGAUGAGAUAGAGGUGUCGAAUGUGAAAUCUCUUGGAUGCAGAUGUGGCAUUACAGAAGGAUAUGUGAAAAAAUACAUCAUUGCUAGUCAGAUUUGAUGUUUGAAGUGCUUUCAGGAAGUGAGAGAACGACAGAGAUGAGCUUGAAAGAUGGUAUUAAUGUGUCUGUUCUUUUCAGUUAAAAUGUUUUAAACUGCUCUCCCACCAACACAUCACAAGAAAUUGUAAAUAAAAGGAUAUCAGAUACUGA